AUGGUCACCACUCGUAACAGUUCUCGUGCUCAAAGAGCCACUGGUGCAUCCUCCUCGUCUUCCCAAUCGGGUCACACAACUCCAAGAAGCCGCCGAGAAGCUACAAGCAGCUCUGAUCGCCCCAAUGUGAUCACUGUUUUAUCAGACGACGACAAUGACUUUCAAGACUUGAUUCUACCAGUACGACGACGACGAAUGGAACCCACCACAACGACACCUGUGCGCAGUAGCAAGCGUCUCAAGCAACGUGAUCAAGGUGCUGCGGAAGGCGAUCGCAAAGGCAAAGGCAAAGGCCGAAUGACACUCCCCACACCGAUUGUGUCAAGCGAUGACAGCACAACGUCCACACCCACGGCAGACCUUGAAGACACUGUACAAGAACCAUUGGAGGUCAAGCAAGAGGAUGUUGAACCAACAGCUUCCCACCAGUCUAUCAAGCAAGAACAUGGCAUGACCACACUUGGACAGCAAGAUGCCAAGUUGCUUGAAGACACAUUGGAGAAUGUUGUCGUAUGCAAGGGUGAACUUGAUGAGCUUGGUGAAGCGAUUCUCAAGCAAAAUGCGUCGGCGGCGAUGACGACUCCUCAAGAGGAUGAUGAGAAGCCCAAAGAUGAAGAACAUGAUAUCAAGGAUGAGGAUGAUGAGAAGCCCAAAGACGAGGAACAAGAUGUCAAGGAUGAGGAUGAUGAUCUUGGUGCCACACUUGUUGAACAAGACAUGGUUGAUGGUACAUUGGUCCAUGAUGAAGAAGCUUUGAAUGCUACAUUGGAAGAUAUCAAAGGCGAAAGCAGCAGCAGCAGUACCGAUAUUGGUGCUUCAUCCCCAACUCCAGGCUUUGAUGAUGCUUCCUCUACCACAACGGCUGGCACUUUGAAUCCAAACAACAUUCGGCUAAGCGUCCCUCCCACUGAUACUGAGGCCGAGGAUGAUGACACCAGCACAAUCGAAGAUGAAGAUGAGGAAGCCCUUUUGGAUCAACAACCUCGUCGGUUUCCUGGGACUGUAAAUCCUUCACGUGCCAACAUCAAUGCCAAACGCACUACAAGAAAGUUACUGGCUCAUCAUCCAGAGUUGGCCAACGUUUGGGAUGAACUUGAUAAUGCCAUUUCAGCCCCUGUCAAGCCUGUUGAACAACCCGAAAAACUCAAGCUUUCUUUGCUUCCAUUUCAGCGUCAUGGUGUUGGCUGGAUGCGACAACAAGAAGAAAUCAACGAUUUCAAGGGUGGCAUUCUUGCAGAUGAAAUGGGUAUGGGAAAAACUAUCCAAACGAUCGCUCUGUUACUUUCCGAUGAAGAGAGCCCCAAUCUUGUCGUUGCUCCCACAGUGGCCCUCAUGCAAUGGAAACAUGAAAUCGAAAAACACACCAACAACGCUUUGAAGGUUUGCGUCUUUCAUGGCGAUAAGCGACCCAACAAAGUCCGAGUAUUGCUAGAUCAUGAUGUCGUUCUCACUACUUACUCGGUUGUUGAAACUGCCUUCCGUUAUCAAGAACAUGGCCGAACCAAACAGGGCAAACUCGUGAAGGAGAAAUCGAUCCUGCAUCAGGUUCAAUGGCACCGUAUUAUUCUUGACGAGGCCCACAACAUCAAAGCUCGAUCUUCCAAUACAGCACGUGCAGUGUUCAACUUUGAAUCCAAGUUCAAGUGGUCCUUGACGGGUACACCUUUGCAAAAUCGAGUCGGCGAGUUGUAUUCUCUUAUCCGCUUUAUGCAAGCUGAUCCUUUUGCCUAUUAUUACUGCAAGGAUUGUCCAUGCAAGACCAUCAGUUGGCAAUUUUCGGAUGGCAAAUCCUGCGACCAGUGUGGUCAUCGUCCAAUGGACCAUACUUGUUGGUGGAACAAUGAAGUGCUCAAGCCGAUUCAACACAAUGGCUAUGUUGGCGAAGGUCGUAUUGCUAUGGAAAAGCUUGGAAAGUUGUUGGAUAAGAUGAUGCUUCGACGAACCAAGGUCCAAUGUGCCGAUGAUUUGGGAUUGCCUCCUCGAAAGGUGGUCGUGCGUCGCGAUUACUUUAGCGCUGAAGAAGAAGAGGUUUAUCGUUCACUCUUUUCGGAUUCUGCCCGCCAAUUCUCUGCUUAUGUGGAACAAGGCUCUGUGCUCAACAACUAUGCCAACAUCUUUGAGUUGCUCACCAAGAUGCGUCAAAGUGCCAACCAUCCUGACCUUGUGUUGAGAAAGACGGGUGACGAUCAACAACUUGUGUGUAUGCUCUGCAGUGAUACGCCGGAGGAUGCAAUCAGAGCCCAUUGUCGCCACAUCUUCUGCCGAGAUUGCUGUAUUCGAUACCUUGCAAGCUUUGAUGACGAAGAGGCUCCUAUGGAUCAAGGACCCAAAUGUCCAACAUGCUUUGCCCACUUCCUCGUCGAUUUGAGUCAACCUACAGUGGAACUUCAACACGAAGCAGGUUUACAUGCCACAUACGCAAAGACCAGCAUUGUCAAUCGUAUCAACAUGGACAAGUGGCGAAGUUCAACGAAGAUCGAGGCGCUUGUUGAGGAAUUAUCAAAGUUGCAAGCUGAGGAUCGUACUAUCAAGAGCAUUGUGUUUUCACAGUUUGUCAACUUCCUCGAUUUGGUCUAUUGGCGUCUCUCUCGUGCAGGCUUCGAAUGCAUUCGUUUGGAUGGUACAAUGUCACCGCAACAACGCGAUGCUGCCAUUAAACACUUUAACAACAAGCCAAGCUGCACUGUGUUCCUUAUCAGUUUGAAGGCAGGUGGUGUCGCAUUAAAUCUGGUUGAAGCAAGCCGUGUCUUUAUCUGUGACCCUUGGUGGAAUCCAGCCGUCGAAUUGCAAGCCAUGGAUCGUAUUCACCGACUUGGUCAGCGACGUCCCAUCAAGAUUACACGAUUGAUUAUUGAAAACAGUAUUGAAAACCGCAUUGUCCAAUUACAAGAUAAGAAGACGGCUCUUGUGGAUAGCACAGUGGGUCGUGAUACCUCUGCUUUGGACAAGCUGAGUGCCGAAGAUCUUCAAUUCUUAUUCGUGAUGUGA